AUGGCGGCGCCGAGAUGGUGGAUCAUCGCCUCUUGCUCCAGGACGCGCUCCUCGACCCCUAUACCAGGGGCACCUGCUCCUGCUGACUCCAUAUGGGUGGUGUGGAAUUCUAUCUCCCUGGAUAAUGACAUCAACCAGCACUUCCAGGAUGCAAUUGAUGUGAUUCAACGGCACUCUGACGAUCCGUAUUGUGAUACAGAAUAUAAGUACUUUGAGCCUCCAACGCGAUCGAGCAUAAUGUGCUGCUACCCCAUCACCCCCCCUUCUGAUGUGCCAGGUCCAUAUGACUGGAAUGAGCAGACGUCAUGGCCUCAUGUUGUUCCUUACGACUCACUGGGUCCAUCUGUAACUGUGGAGUACCCUCAGUUCUACUCCAUCGCACCGCCACCGAGGAACGGCAAAGGUCGCAAGAAGCUGCGUCUUUAUGAGUACCUGCAUGAGGCUCUGGGCGAUCCCAACAUGGCUGAUUCCAUCCAGUGGACGGACCGUGGCAGCAGCACCUUCCACUUCAUCUCCAAGAACAAAGAGAAGUUGGCCGAGUGCUGGGGCAAGCGCAAGGGCAACCGCAAGACCAUGACCUAUCAGAAGAUGGCACGAGCGCUGCGCAACUACAGCCGAACGGGCGAGAUCGUAAAGGUGCGCCGCAAACUCACCUACCAGUUCAACCCGUCGAUCAUCCAGAGGCUUGGGGGCAUCAGUCACGUCAUUCCCCCCGCCGGGCACCCCGAGGCUGGCCACCCUGGGCGGGAGGUGCUCCUCCACCAGCAGCAUGCCCCAGUAGAACAGGCUUACUAUGGCUCUGCCACUGCACCUGACUGGCACAGCUGGUAUGGACAUUACUCCCUCCAGGGAGACUGUGAUCUUGCCACAAGCUUCACUUCAUCCACAGUCACCAAGGUAUGA